CUGACAAGCCCGAAAGUCAUUUCCAACCUCAAGUGGACUUUGUUCCAACUAUUGGGGGCGUCGCUCCCCCUCUUCAUGGUCGCGGGCAAACUUCCUCCUCGGCGCCGCUUCUAAUGGAGCCCCACCUGCUCGGGCUGCUCCUCGGCCUCCUGCUCGGUGGCACCAGGGUCCUCGCCGGCUACCCAAUUUGGUGGUCGCUGGCCCUGGGCCAGCAGUACACAUCUCUGGGCUCACAGCCUCUGCUCUGCGGCUCCAUCCCAGGCCUGGUCCCCAAGCAACUGCGUUUCUGCCGCAAUUACAUCGAGAUCAUGCCCAGUGUGGCCGAAGGUGUGAAGCUGGGCAUCCAGGAGUGCCAGCAUCAGUUCCGGGGCCGCCGCUGGAACUGCACCACCAUAGAUGACAGCCUGGCCAUCUUCGGGCCCGUCCUGGACAAAGCCACCCGCGAGUCGGCUUUCGUGCAUGCCAUCGCCUCAGCCGGCGUGGCCUUCGCUGUCACGCGCUCCUGCGCCGAGGGCACCUCCACCAUCUGCGGCUGCGAUUCUCAUCAUAAGGGGCCACCUGGCGAAGGCUGGAAGUGGGGCGGCUGCAGCGAAGACGCCGAUUUCGGGGUGCUAGUGUCCCGGGAGUUCGCAGACGCUCGUGAGAACAGGCCAGAUGCGCGCUCGGCAAUGAAUAAACACAACAACGAGGCAGGCCGCACGACCAUCCUGGACCACAUGCACCUCAAGUGCAAGUGCCAUGGGCUGUCGGGCAGCUGCGAGGUGAAGACCUGCUGGUGGGCCCAGCCUGACUUCCGUGCCAUCGGGGAUUUCCUCAAGGACAAGUAUGACAGCGCCUCAGAGAUGGUGGUGGAGAAGCACCGGGAGUCCCGAGGCUGGGUGGAGACUCUCCGGGCCAAGUACUCGCUCUUCAAGCCACCUACCGAGAGGGACCUGGUCUACUAUGAGAACUCCCCCAACUUUUGUGAACCCAACCCAGAGACGGGCUCCUUUGGCACCAGGGACCGGACUUGCAAUGUCACCUCCCAUGGCAUUGAUGGUUGUGAUCUGCUUUGCUGUGGCCGAGGCCAUAACACGAGGACGGAGAAGCGGAAGGAGAAGUGCCACUGCAUUUUCCACUGGUGCUGCUACGUCAGCUGCCAGGAGUGCAUCCGCAUCUACGAUGUGCACACCUGCAAGUAGAGAGCCAGGACACUGGCAAGGGGUAAAGUGUGCGGCUGGGCGGAUUCACCGAAGUCCCACGGGAAGCAGGACCUAGAGCCGGCCAACCCUUGGCAUCGGCCAGCAAGGAGCGUGGACUGUUGCCAACUGCACGUGGGAAGUGACCUGGACCCCGCCAGUCUGCCGAUGGGAGGCGCUCCCCCCUCUCCCAUCUUCACAUUUCUCACCCUGCUCUGGACGGUGUGUGGUUUUUACAGAGGGGCUUUCUUUUUAGUUCUCCAGGGUCUGGUAGGAACAGACCCGAGGCUUACCUUUGCACAUGUUAAAGAAAAUAAAAAUGAAAAAAAAAAAAUCUACUCCAACAGAACAGGCUGGGCUAAUGUGAGCUCUCGGCCUGGUGGGAAGGACAUGAGCGUGGGCAAGAAUCUGUCUCCAAGCUGCUUCUGAUGGUGACAUUCCAAGAUGCCUGUGAGGUGGGAGUUACAAAGUAGGACAAACCCCUGCAGUCUCCUUUUCUGUCGACUCCCAUUCAAAUCUGAUACACUUUCACAUUCUGAUAAAAGCCAUAGGUUUAGCUAGGAUGGAGUGGUGGGGAGGUCCCGGCGAUCGUUAGAGGAGGAUUUUGAGUUUUGAAGAACUAGUUCUGGUGCCCUGGUAAGCUGUUUGAAGAGCAGCCGAGUUCUUCUCAGUCUCACUUUCUCUAUAACCCUGUUCUGCACGAGAGGCCGUCAGAUCUCAAAAUCUUUUUCUACCAUUCUGCACUUUCCAUCGUUAAUGCAGUAGAUUUUUUUUUUUUUUUUUUUGGGUAGUGGGCAUUGUAAAUAGGUCAUGUAGGGGGGCAAGUCUUCUCCAGCUCAAAUGGCUUCCUACAGCAACAAGCAGUGUCUUUGGAGGGGACUUUUCA